GUCAACACCUCAGCACUCCAGCGACACUGAUCAUUGCUGUCGGAAGUUAAUGUGCUUUUGGAAUAUCUGCGACGAUUGGAGUUGAUGAUAACCAGGACCUGCGGAACACUAACUUCUCAGGCGAAAGACAUGGCCCAAACACCCAAACAAGUGAGAGCCAAUGAGCUCACACAGGACAACAGUCAAACUGGGGAAGGCAAAUGGAGCUCGGAAGAAGAGGUACAGAAAGUCAGUGGGCAGUGCAUAGCAGAACCUCAGAUACCUGAAACAUUGCUCUACACUUGUUAUAAAAAAAAGUGUGACGAGUUUCGGAGGUUGUUCAAAGAGUUGCCUGAGUCUGAGAAACUAAUUGCAGACUACACUUGUGCUCUCCAAAAGGACAUCUUGUUACAAGGACGCAUCUAUUUUACAGAGAAUUGUUUAUGUUUCUACAGUCAAGUUUUUCGUGGUACAAAAAUCACAGUAAAUAUGCAGGAUAUCAUCUCAAUGUCACGUGAGAAGACAGCGAAAUGGAUACCAAAUGCCAUCCAGAUCAGUACUGAUUCAGAGAAGUUUCUCUUCAGCUCAUUUUCAGCAAGGGGGAAAAGUUACCACGGUAUGUUUCAGCUUUGGCAGAAUGUUCUACUGGACAAGAAUCUAACCAAGUUGGAGCUGUUGCAGAUGGUUAAGCAGCAUUAUGGCAAUGAAUUAGGAUUGAGUCAUGAUGAAAUGGAAAGCUUUCAAACACCAGUAGAUACCGUCACACCCACCGUGCCCAGUCUGAAUAUGCGUGGAGAGGAUAACACUGGGAGGCCAGAAAGACCAACAUCGCUCCGUCUUCCCCAAGGGGAGCUCAAUCCUCAUGAAGCCACCACACCAAAGGGAGACGACACACAGUCUUCAGCUGGACUACAAAGCAUGCUCUCAGCAAAUGGAGGGGACGGCACUCUCAGUACCCCAUUCCAUCAGCGCAGUCCAAAUCUAUCAUUAAACCGCUCAGGGUCUGAACGAGUGUCUAAACGCUCCGCUCUCUCUCUGGAUCUAAAUGCCAAUGAAGACCAGCUCUCGGAUAACAGCAGAUCCGACAGCCUGGAGGAGGUGGAAGAACGUGAGACAGCAUCUCCGGUGUCUCAGGGAAGGCUGUUUGUGAACCGGGUCUUUCACAUCAGUGCUGAGAAGAUGUUUGACCUGCUUUUCACCGAUUCUAGUUUCGUGCGGAGGUUUAUGGAUAUCAGGAAGAUCAUAGGUGCAAGCUCUACCUCUUGGCAAAGGGAGGCCUCUGGAGGUAUGAAAAGGACUUUGAACUACACCAUCACCAUUAAUAACCCCCUGGUUGGCAAGUUCUCCACUGCUACAGAAACCCAGACACUAUAUAAAGAGUCAAGGGAGGGUCAGUACUACAUGAUAGAUUCGGAGGUCUACACACACGAUGUACCAUACCAUGACUACUUCUACACCCAGAAUCGCUACUGUAUCAUCCGCAACUCCAAGCACAAGUGCAGACUCAGGAUUUACACUGAUGUCAAAUACAAAAAGCAGCCCUGGGGUCUUGUUAAAUCUUUUAUCACGAAAAACUCCUGGAGUGGCCUAGAAGACUACUUUAGACACCUUGAGGCAGAGCUGCUAGAAGAGGAGGCAGAGUUGACUCAAGGAAGCGGAGAUGCUGGAAAGACGGGUGGUUUGCGAAGGAGGCGAAGAACUUACAGUCGCACCCUACAAGAGCACAUGAAACCAGGGAAGCAGUACAGCGCAGACUCAGAUCAGCAGAGAGCCGGCCCCAUAGGUGCCAUGGAUAUAAAGAACACACAACACAGACAGAACAUCACUUCGAUUGUAUUUGGUAUGAGCUUAAUACUUUUUGUUCUGGUGGUUCUGAACUUGGGGCUGUUCUUUAAACUUUGGGCCAUGGAAGAUGUCGCUCACCGUUUGUAUCUGAACACCAAGCACAGAAUGAAGGAGGGAGUAGAGUCUAGUAGUUUAGCUCCUGACUUAGGCCCCAGACAGGGUAUGCCACACAGAAGUCGAGAAGAAGCGCAUUUACUGAGGGCAGUACUGCAGGACUCCAUUAACCUUCUAGAACAGCUACGCAGUUCUCUUGUGGCGCUUCAGCAGAACUUUCAGGCCUACAACAGAUCCUUCUCUCAGUUUUAAAUGGCAAUGAGUUUGGUGACCUGACAACACAAGGGUACUUUUCCCAUAAGACCUGUCCUCGUUGAGGAGUGUUACUAUAGGUACUGUCACCCCAGGGCACACGUAGCCAUGUUCAUCUUCUCUCUGUGCUUUUUUGUCUCAGAGAUGUAAUGGAUUCAGUGCAGUUGCACAGGGUCUUCACUUUAAUUAUGAAGGGGGGCAAUGCAGGCCUAUUGCCUCUAAAGAUCUGCCUAACAUUUAGUCAUGUGGCCUUUUUGUCUUGAUUUAGAUAACGAUCUUGUUCUAAGAUACCUCUAAGAAUUUGUAAAUGAUUGCACCUUAAAACCUUAUUAAAGCAGGGAUCACUAAUGUUGUUGAAAUUAUAAAAUGUUUGUAAGGUCUGAAAGUUCAUCAUGAUUUUGAUAGUGUCUAAGAGUACAGGUUUGUGGGAAGAAGACAAAAUAUCUGAGGUUUACUGUAAAGGAUGAGCGGUGAUGUUUUAAAUUGUUUACACUCUUGGUCUUUAAAAUAUCACUUUUGUUGUUCAACUUUUAGAGACUGUAUUGCCACUGUGAACUACAUUUGUAACACAGUCAUGUAAAUUAUUUUCAAUGGGAAAAGUGUGGUAAUUUAUCAAAAGAGAAUGUGUAAUCCUCAAGCAUUUAAUUCUUUCACAGAAAAAAUAUGUUGGGGUGGAUGUGUAUAGAUUGAAAAUUCUCUGAAAUUAUUAAUAACAUUUCUUCUGAACAUAUUUAUAAAUAAAAUUCCCAUAGCAUUACAAUGUUCAGUUUGUGAAGCUAAAUAUUUUAUUGCGAUUUUAUUAUGUAACAUCGAAAUCAAAUAUCACAAGAUUGUUACAUUAUGACUAUUCAUCAACAGAGGUUGUCAACAUGCACAUGACAUUGUCUCUAACAUAGAUUAAAAUAAACAUUACAUUUUUAUGAUUUA